AUGCAGCAGGGUGUGGCGCUGCUCUUGAGCUUGGUGUUGCUCACAAGUUCUUCCACCAGAACGUACGACAGCCUGCCAACUUCGUCCCUUCUACACCCUGUGCAGGACAGCAUAGAAGAAGAGCUGUCAACAGAGGAGAUGCUGUCCGCCCCAUCCUUGCUGUCAGAUAUCUUCAACUUCCUAGCUGCUCCUCCCAUCCUGUCACAGGUGUUUCCACGCAAUACUGCCACAGUUGCAGCCAACCAAGCGAUUGACGAAGCGCUUCAGCUGUUGCCAGAUUUUCCUUGCUCCCUCAGCAGUGCCAUUCCAAAGAGUGCGCUGGAAGUUGACAUUCAUUCACUCCCACUCAGUCUUCAGCUGCAGCACCCUACCCUGCAACUGAUCAAGAGCAGGUUGGAGGUGGGAAGCAAACCGGGGCAGAGAAAGGAUGGGUUCAAGCUGGGCCUUGCUGUGGAAGGCGGCGGAAUGAGAGGCGUUUUGACAGGCGGUAUGCUGAUGGGAAUUUACGAGUUGGGCAUGAGGCAUGCUUUUGAUGCGGUGUAUGGAAGCUCGGCAGGGGCCAUCAAUGCCACUUACUUUCUUUCUGGGCAGCCACAUGGCCUUGAUGUGUAUGCCGAUGACAUCUCAAACGAACGUUUCCUGGACUUCAAGCGCAUCAUUGGGCCUGAUCCAGUCAUGAACCUCGACUUUUUGGUGGACUACGUAAUGAACGAAGUAAAACCACUAGAUUUUGGCAAAGUUUUGAAUUCCCCCAUCCCCCUGAAGGUCGUAGCAUCGUCCCUGGACUCCCUGGACUCCUUCAUCCUCCAGAACUUUUCGACACCGCGUGAACUUGCUGAGGCCCUGAAGGCCUCAGCCACGGUUCCCGAGUUUGCUGGUGGCCCAAAACUCAUCUCAGGGCACAGGCUGGUUGAUGCUGCAGUCUUUGAGCCCGUCCCCUACCAGGCAGCCAUCAGGGACGGCUGCACCCACGUGCUGGCACUCUGCAGCAACACACCCACCUGUGGCGCUGAGGGCCCAGUCCAGCAGGUCGUCAAAAAAUUCAUGAACGCAGCUGUUGGACACAUAAUAAACAACCCCCCUUACAUGAAGGAGGCCACUCAUGCCAGGCUGGAGGAGGAGAGGUUGAAUGGAGGACUGACACAGAGCGAGCUCAUGCUGAUGGCCAUGAUCCAGGGGUUGAAAGGGUGGGAGCCGUCUGCCGUUGGGGGACAGGUUUCGUCGAUCCACCCACCAUCUGAAGUGCUAAUGUCUCCAUCUUGCACAGACCCCCCAACACUGAGGGUGGGGGCCGAGGAGGGCAGACGAUCCGUGCGCAGGGUGCUUGAGGCGCUUGUCAGCGACAUGCCAGCCUGA